AUGUCGAUGAAGAUUUGUUGUCGAAGGUCUUUAGUCGUUCUUGUAGGGUUAUCGUUUCUAUUUUCUUCGCCUGUUGUAGGCUCUGAUGCUUACGAUAAUUUCCCGAAGUGUACUAUAGAAGACUUCUAUGUUCCUGCUCUCAAUAAAGCUUCCAAUGAUGCAACAAACUCGACAAUCAAUACAACCAUAUCAUUCGAUCUCAGACUAAAGAUAGAAAUUCCUAGUAUUUGGAGAGUUGAUUAUAAUACUUUUAACAUCACUCUUUAUUAUUACCACAAUGGUAGUAGUGCUACUGGUGAGAUUCUAAUACCUUCACCCAUUGGGAAUAUAUGUAUUCCGAAAUUUAGUGGAUCUACGUCUGAGAAUCCACAGCAUCAUGUUGUGAAGGUUCAGACUUUUGGGAUUCCUUGGGAGGAAGCUAGGAUUGCAGUUUCUAACGGCGGCACUACCACAUUCAGAGUUGAAUUAGCUUCACGUGUUAGUUAUGAAAUGUUGCUUAUAAAAUUCUUUACGCAUACCAAAACAGGUACGGUGGAGUUUGGUGCCAAUGUUACUGUCAAUGAUCAAGGAAAUAAAUCAGUAUCUAAAGGUUUGAGGCUCACUUCAUCUUCUAGGCGUAUUAAUAUUCACCCAUCUAGCUUUUUUCUUCUCGCUUUAUCAGUUUUGAGUUUAAUUUUGUGA